CAGCGAUGAGAGCUUGAUUUGGGCAUUCAAUCGGUAAGGGGUAGUUAGUGGGUCAGAGCGGCAGAGUGGCGAUGCAGCGUCCCUGAUACACUCAGACGGUAGAGCUGGUGAUGAUCUACCUACGUCGUUGGACAGGCAAGCUUGGACAGUCAAGUCAGCACUUGCCCUUUACACCAGCAGAUGGCACGUCACCUGCCCUUCCCCACCUCAGGUACCUGCUUCUUCUGGCAUAGCGUCUUUGCACCAGGUGCGCUUUCACUCAGCAAUGCAUCUCAAGCUCUCCACCUCGAACUUCCGAAGCAAAUGCGAGGGAGUCGCACUGCUCGCUCUGUCUAUAUGUUUCAGCUCAAUCCGUCUUGCUCAUCACCUCCAACCAUCAGCCUCACGCGGGCAUCCUAGGUCCCUUCAUCAUCCCUUCGUCUACCACCUCUUUCCGCGAUCACCUCCUUCUCCUCUCGCCACUCAGCGCAAUUCAUUUGACCUCUUCCUCACCAACGCACCCAUGCUCUUCAUACCUUUGACUUCAGCAUCCAUCCCUUACUUGCACAUCGCCGUCAUCGUCAAGCUCGUGAACAAAGUCUCCGUUUAAUCUUUACCUUUCAGGCAUCCCCUUGAAGCACAUCCCGGGCUCAUCUACUCCGACCAACCAUCUGCACCCACGUGCCCGCGGACGGCCGCUCGAUACCGGUAGUCUGCGCUCGGAUCAGCAAACUCAGCCCGCUCGAUCUUCGCUGACCGCGGUACACGGCUACGCACUCACCAUUCGCUUUCACCUCGCGCACAUCCUGCAACCCUGCUGGUUAUCGCAGAGCGUCAGUCGAAGCGAUCGCAUCCGUGGACAAAGUGGAUCGCGAGGAACUUGAAGCCACUCGAGCUCAACGGUAUCAUUGAUUGUCAAUCACGUUGCUCGGCGGUGUCGCAUUGAUCGCGCGGAGUUGGCGUCGCUGGACUUCGUGACCAAGCAAGCCCCUUUGUCGCAGUCCUCUUUUCAGGCUCGAGCACUCCCACAACACCUGUCUCAAGCGUCUCAGCCCGCACAACAUCACGGUAGCUUGCCUUCCCGAGCGUGCAGGGCUUUGCCAUCGUUCGUAAACAAGACGGUAGCAUAGGAGCUGACACGCCUGCAAUAUUGAGACGACCUGUUCUCGACGGUCCACUGGCAGCAGGUCUCAUCAAUCGAGCCCCCUUAGCCAUACCUCAGUGCAGCGUACAGACGGACGUAGACUUGGAACUGGACGAGCCAUUUGCAGGUGCGGCUCCGCGCAACCAUCGCUCGUUUCACCAGGGAUACGAGACAACACCGCCGAUCCGCGUUUAGUCAGGAACCGAAGCGGUGCCAACCUUGCGACUCAGCUGAAUCCCGUUUCAUUUAUGGAGCGUUCGGGACCGUCGACGCCCGCCCGCUGCGCCCUCCUCGCUUUUGUUUCGCACCGUGCUCGCGCGCCAACCCAUUCACCGCGGAAGGUGUAGAGUGCUUAAACGCACAUCGUGUAAGCAGCUACAUAGGGCGAAGCAGGGAUAUCAUAUCAUACCUCGAGUGAGUGUGUACUGCGCCUUUGUCGUAGAGCCUUUUGUGGCCCUCUCUGACAUUCCCAGGCCCAUGCACUCAUCCUUAUGAUGGCCUCUUCCAGCACGCAGUCCUUGCCACCAUCCUUGCGAUCCUCCUCUCAAAAUACUUUUCCUUCGCAGCAAGAGCGCCCCAGCAUUCUCACUCUAAAAGCUCUCCCCUCCCUCCAGCACUUUCGAGCUCCGCAGCCUUUUUAGUGGCAAAGUAGCGCUGCUGCAUAGCUCCCUACCACUUUCUUCG